UUUUGGCUUUUGUUUUAUAUUAAGUUUUGGUAACGUACUUAUUUUUUUAUAUGUUUUGUGUUUUGAGCCUUCUCGAACGUGGUCAUAUGCUUUGAGAAUCAGCUGAGAUGACCCAGUAAAAUUUCAGGAAAGUUGAAAAUCUGUGUCCUUGGCUUUGCUGGAAAACAUACCAUUGCUGACUGCUGACCCUCCUCACUCGCCGUGGAGUGCUCACUGCUUACUGGGCAACUUUCGGAAUAGAAACUUGAAAUCGCACGGAAUUCGCAGGACGGAAGAAGUGUAAAUUAGACUAUUCCUAAAGCAGUAAUCGACUAGAAAUGUUUUCCCAAGACUACGACUUCAUGAACGAAGGCAGCGAUAAUGAAGCCGAAUAUCCAAAUGACAACGACAGCUCGGAUGAUGAUGAUCUCAAGAGAGUGCUGCGGGAUCUGGGCGAUGUUCACGAUGAUAUGGGAUUCGAAGCUUCGAUGGAGGAGGAAUUAAACAAAACGGUGUCGUUUCUGGAGGCUGAACGCGAACGCGGUCGCAGCAAUCCUGUCAAUCGCCAGAUGGAUCUCGUACCUUCCGGUUCCACUUCAAACGCAGGCCCUUCGGCGCCAUCUGAAACUCUUAAGAAAAAAGAUGCUUCAAAAGUGAAAAGUGUCUCCUUCGACGAGAAGAAAUCUCCUGAAUUUUACGACGAUAUUUACUUUGAUUCCGACGAGGAAGAUAAUCGGGAAGCCACAGGAAACACCACCAAAAAAUCGAAAAAGCAUCCGGUAAUAAGUGAUGAUAACCUAUUCUAUGAUCCUAAAAUGGAUGAUGAUGAUCAGGACUGGGUGGAUGAAGAACGGGAGAAAUACCAGUCACCUGGAAAAACAACCAAGAAGUCGCGUGGUAAAAAACGCGAGCGUGGCAUGCCGCAGUCGGAUGCUGUUUUGGACUGUCCUGCCUGUAUGACGACAUUAUGUCUCGACUGCCAACGGCAUGAAAUCUAUCAUCAGCAGUACCGGGCCAUGUUUGUUAGAAACUGUCGAGUGGACGCUACACAAACAUUACGCUAUAAAGAAAAGAAACAUGGUCGUAAGCGGCGACCGGCUGAUUCAGGAGUUGAGAAUCCGGAGGGCGAUGUUUACCAUCCAGUCAGGUGUACGGAAUGCGGGACCGAAGUGGGCGUCAUUGAUGCCGAUGAAGUGUAUCACUUUUUCAAUGUUCUGGCCAGUCACGCAUAGAUUUUCCAAGUUAGUUUAUGUUUUUUUGUUAUUAAAUUUUUAAUGUCGUCUCAUCAGUUACUAAAAAAAUUCGAUCUGUUUAAUUUUUAUUCCGCAAAAUUAUUGCUGUACUGAAAUAGUGUGAUUUGUCACUUAUUUUGCUUUUCGUUUGUGAAGUAAAAUAUAAUAGCGUUUAUGUAGCUCUCUGAUUGUGAAGAGAAAAUAAAUUCAGUAAUGUGUA